AUGGUGUUUUCUGUCUCCUCUGCAGCCCUGGAAUUUAUGAACAGUUCAGAGACAAGCACUGUGACUGAGUUUGUCCUCCUAGGCUUCCCUGGUUGUCAGGAGUUGCAAAGUUUCCUUUUCUCACUGUUCUUGGGGAUCUAUAUAUUUACCAUAAUGGGAAAUGGGAUUAUUGUCUGUGCUGUGAGGUUGGACCAACGGCUCCAUACCCCAAUGUAUAUUCUCCUAGGCAAUUUUGCUUUCCUUGAAAUCUUGUACAUUACCUCCACUGUGCCCAGUAUGCUAGUCAAUUUCCUCUCAGAAACAAAAACCAUCUCUUUCGUUGGCUGUUUCCUCCAGUUAUAUUUUUUUACUUCCCUUGGUACAACUGAGGCAUAUUUCCUCUGCAUCAUGGCAUAUGAUCGGUACCUCGCUAUCUGCCACCCACUGCACUACUCAACCACCAUGACCCAACAACUCUGCUAUAUCUUGAUGUCUCUUUGCUGGGUGUUGGGGUUCCUUAGUUACUCUGUCUCCACUAUACAGCUCUCUCAAUUGCCUUUCUGUGGACCCAACACCAUUGACCACUUUAUGUGUGACAUGGACCCACUGAUGGCUCUGUCCUGUGCUACAGCUCCAGUCAUGGAGAUCAUCUUCUAUGUCCUGAACUCCCUCAUCAUCAUCCUCACACUUCUGUAUAUUCUUGGCUCCUAUACUCUUUUACUGAUAGCUGUGUUAAAAGUGCCUUCAGCUGCUGGCCUGCGGAAGGCCUUUUCCACCUGCGGAUCACAUCUGACAGUGGUAUGCUUAUUCUUUGGAGCCCUUUUGGCAAUGUAUGUGAGUCCCACAGCUGAUAACCCAGCUGCAAUUCAGAAGAUUUUGACUCUGUUCUACUCCGUGGUGACUCCCUUCUUAAACCCUCUGAUUUACAGUUUACGAAACAAGGACAUGAAGGCUGCAAUGAAGAAAAUCCUGAGGAUAGAAUGA